AUGGCGGGGCUGUCCCUGCGGUGCGGCGACUGCGGCGUGCAGCUGAGGAGCGUGGAGGAGGCGCAGGCGCACGCCGAGGCCACCUCCCACACCAACUUCGCCGAGUCCACCGAGGCCGUCCUCAACCUCGUCUGCGCCGACUGCGGCAAGCCAUGCCGCUCUCAGACCGAGGUGGACCUGCACAAGAAGCGCACGGGCCACGCCGAGUUCACGGACAAGACCAUGGAGGCGGCCAAGCCCAUCGAUCUUGAGGCGCCGCCCAAGCCGGCCUCCGAGGCCAUGGAUGUGGACGCGUCCGGGAGCGCGGAGCCGCAAGAGUUGGUGUCGCCAGAGGUGAACAAGGAGAUGCUCGGGGAACUCGAAUCGAUGGGCUUUUCGACUGCGCGUGCCACUAGGGCACUUCACUUCUCCGGUAAUAGCACCAUUGAAGGCGCCAUUAACUGGCUCUCUGAGCAUCAGGAGGAUCCGGAUAUUGAUGAAAUGCCUAUGGUGCCGGCCAACACCGUGGCUAACAAGCCCUCUCUAACUGAGGAAGAGAAGAAGAUUAAGGCACAAGAGCUGAGGGAGCGUGCUCGUAAAAAGAAAGAAGAAGAAGAAAAAAGGAUGGAGAGAGAAAGGGAAAAGGAGCGCAUAAGGAUUGGUAAGGAGCUUCUUGAAGCCAAAAAAAUGGAGGAGUUAAAUGAAAGGAAACGCAUCAUAGAAUUGAGAAGGCUUGAGAAAGAGGAGGAGAAAAGAGCCAGAGAAAAGAUUCGCCAGAAACUUGAAGAGGACAAGGCUGAACGUAGAAGAAAACUUGGAUUGCCGGCAGAAGCCCCAGCUGCAUCCAAGCCAAGUGCGCCACCGCCUGUUGAAGAGAAGAAGAGUGCAUUUUUACCUGUCAGACCAGCCACAAAGGCAGAGCGGAUGAGGGAUUGCUUACGAAAUAUCAAGCAGCAGAACAAGGAGGAGGAUGCUAAAGUAAAGAGGGCUUUUCAGACACUCCUCACCUACAUCGGAAACGUGGUUAAAAACCCUGACGAGGAGAAAUUCAGAAAGAUCAGACUUACCAAUGCUACAUUCCAGGAGAGAGUUGGGAGCCUUGGAGGCAUAGAGUUUCUCGAGCUGUGCGGGUUUGAGAAACCGGAAGGCGAGGAGAUCUUGUUUCUGGCAAGGGACAAGGUUGACAAGGCUGUCCUGAAUGUAGCUGGAGCCGAACUCAACUCCGCCAUCACCAAUCCUUUCUUUGGAGUCCUCUGA